AAAAUGCUCAAGCUUCUCAUCCGGCACAUACUUUGGGCCGUCAUGUUCGGCGAGGCAAGUCACGCGUCACACCAUACUAAAUCCAUCCGCCCGAGAUCAAUAUUGACAAAAGAGUGUCCGCCACAGGUCCUCAGCACCAUCCAGCCCCCACUCCCACAAUACCGCGUCCAGGACCUCCAGUGGGAGGUCCCGAUCAGCGCCGACGGGCGCACGGCGGUCCUCAACGGCACCGUCCAGGAGGUCUACCGGCAGGUGCUGCGGCUCAACCCGCGCCACGGGGACGAGUUCGGCACCCCCCACCACCACAAGACCUCGUCGCGCCCCCGGACAAAAUCACAACAACAAUCCCAGGACAUGGCCCGCCGCGGCCGGUCGGCGUGCGGGCGCUUCGACCCCGCCAGGGAGAGGGCGGUGUGGGAGGGCAUCCGGCACCUCGCGCACGUCGCGGGGAGGCCCGUCUCCGUGCCCGGGCCGGGGGUGUGCGGGCGGAUGUUCACCGAGAAGACACUCUCGUCCUUCAGCGAGAUCGGCGCGUCGGUGCAGGUCCUGAUUGGGAACUGCGGCUACUGGUCUGACGAGGGGUCGGAGCCGCACGUCUCGGGGUCGCAGGCCCAUGUUGACAAGUGGAGGACGAUCGUCAGGGAGGCGGCUUGCUGA